CUUCAGGUGAGGUAGUGGUAGUGUAUACGCUUGCUGGCUCGCUCGUGCUGGGAUUCCUUCGUCUAUCAUUGUGCUAUAAUUCAUACCAGAUCAUAUAAUUCAUAUCCCAGCUGGGUUGUGACGUUAUCACUCACCACCGUGUCACAAGUAACGCGUUACUAAUAAGGUGUUGCUGGCUACAUGACGUAUUAGGAAGGUGUUGACUACAGUCAUCACUACUUACACCUCUAAAUAGGAUCCAGUAUGCGGUAUAUGGCUACCUCACCGUGUGUUCUGCUGUUGCUGCUGUUGCUGUGUUGUUUACCUCACCCAUUGCUAGGAUCGGAAACCAAGCCUUUUAUUCGUAAUACUGCCAACGCGCCCAGAGAGUCGGAGGGAGACGACAUCUUGCUGACGUGUGUGGUUGCAGAGCUGGGCCAUACUGUGUGGUGGAGUAAACAUGAGGAUGGAAAGAAGACAUCCUAACUUGCUGAAAAAGAAGCAUUAGACGAUGAUAGGUUGUCUUAUGCUGACAGAGCUCCUUCUUACAACACCAGCAUCAUCAGAUCAGGUGGUGACGUCUGGGUCCUGGCCAUCAAGAACGCUAUGGUCUCAGACCGUGGAGUGUACGUGUGCGAAAUCAACUCUAACCCCUCUCUCACCUCCCUCUACAUGGUCUCUGUGGUUGCAGCGGGAAACAAGACAACAGCACAGGCAACAGCACUGCGGUCCCCACACAACUACACUACUUGCUGCAUAGAAAACGGGGUGUUGCCACAGUGCCUGGGGUUCUGUGCCAUCCACAACAUUCUCGAGGGAAACACUGGCAUUGAUCCAGAGGCUUGUGAAUCACACUUUCCCCUCAUUGUCAAGUGCAUGGCAGAUUUGCGUAAUCAUGUGCCGUGCUGUGAGAGGGAGAGGGUUCCUGACAUCUGUCAGGACCUGUGUCGUGGAGAGUAUACUAUACAAGACGACAGUAUACAGUCCCAGUUCUCGUGUACUGCAUACACCGAGGUCACACUCAUGUGUAUAUCUGAGGGUGUAGAAAUCCUGCCUAUGAGUGCCGAGUCACCUAGCGUGGAAGUGCUGGGACCUACCUCCAUAGAGGUGACCUGGGACCACCCGGCACCUAACACCCCUCCACCUGAGUAUUACGUCAUCAACGUUACCACCAUAACGAAGUUCGACCCCCCAGUGGAGGUGAUGGAGGUGACAGGUAGUGGGGUCACUGACCUGGACACCCAGGAUGACCUGCUCUACCUGCCCAAGAGACUACAGGUCAAGGUAUCAGCCAGUCAGACGCACGCCACCAUCAGGAACCUGUCACCGCUGACGUGGUAUGAAGUGUCCGUUGUGUCAGUCAACAGACACGGCUCCUCGCUGCCCCAGUACAAGCUGAGAGUGCUGACUGAGGCGCAGCAGGCCAACAAGACUGAACCAGUACACCCAGAACUUCCUGACAUCGUCGGCUGUUGUUCUGACAAAGGUUUGAGGUACGACUUUUGCAGGUGCCUGAGGAACUUGUGUGACCCCAGCAACAAGUAUAUAACGGAGCCGGAUAUGAUCGUGUGUGCACCCUGGGCCACGGAAGCAUUUUCCUGUCUGGCCAAUGAUGUGGAUCACUCAGACUGUUGCAAGGCCCGGGGCAUGCCUCCUCUCUGUGUGGAACUCUGCACUGGCAAUGUCACUAAGAUUGAUUAUAAGUAUUUCAGAUGCGUCGACUACUUCAACGACUUCAGGAGCUGCCUGCUGAAGGGGUACAACGUGCUUCCCGGUCCACCGGGACACGUUAAGGUGACCAACACUAACCCCACCUUCGUCCUUGUACACUGGUCCACCCCUACUCUUCUAGGGGACUCUGUCACGGCCUAUCAUGCCUAUUUCAGACCUAUCCUUCCCUCCCGAGAGUGUGCUACAAAAUGGUUCAUCAACAACAUGGAGGUGUCGUACCAUGGAGUGUACACGGAGAAGUCCCCGUACGUGCUAGAGAAUCUGUGUCCAGACACAGAGUACGAGGUGUACGUGCAGGCCGUGAACAAGCACGGCACGGGAGAUCCGUCGGAGCGCGUGCUCUUCCAUACUCCAACACUACAGCACCAGCGUCGACUGCUCGACUCCUCAUACAACAUCACAAACUGCUGCGUCAGCGUCAGCGUCAGCCCCGGGUGCAUGCCGUUAUGCGACUACGAUGCGCGCAUGUCACACGUCCGUGCUCUCAUAGUUACGUGCACAAAUGAGCUGACGAAAUUGUUGCGCUGUGCAGUUGGUGGUCGUAACCACCUGCCGUGCUGCCAGAGACGAGGAGUGCCAGCUGCCUGCUCCAGCCUCUGUUCCGGCUCCUUUACUGCCAACAAAGUCACUCCAGCUGUCUGUAUGCCUUACAUAGGCAAUAUAAUGAUGUGCUUAGAGGAAGGUGUUGAUUUGCUGCCAGCACCUGUGAAGGGUCUUCAUGCCACUAGAGUGUCAGAUGGAGAGGCGACACUGGUUUGGGAGGCACCGGAAAAUGGUGCCAACAUUACACAGUAUCAGCUACACUACCAGAGCGUGGACAAACACUCUGCCUCGCGUGCUCUCUUCUCUCUCAAUAAUACAAUGAAUUUCACAGAUACUGUGGCGAGUGUGACUGGCCUGAGACCCGGUAAUAUGUAUAACUUUUUCGUGAUCUCCAUGAACGAUGAGGGUACAUCGCUGCCUUCCUCAGUGCUGACCAUUAACGUGACAGCUGGUGCCCACAAUGGCAGUGCCCUUGCGGGUGUGUCGUCAGCACCACACAGUCUUUUGCUCGAUGCUAAGACUGCCACCACACUGACAGUCAUAUGGCAGCCACCAGAACUGGCACUUCCCACUGACAGAUUUACUUAUCCUCUUGUUGUUUUCCAUCAUGUUGUUGAUGUUGCAGGUCGACCCAGGAUCAGUGCCCAGGAGGUAGUGCAGGCAAUAGAGUCUCUCUCAGUGACACUAGAGUGUGCAGUGGAUGCCUGGCCUGAACCUUCACUAGUGUGGUGGAGGGACCCUGAGGGCCGGGUGCCUGUCAUCCACGGUGGUAACUACAUCAUCAGUACCUCAAAUGACCCGCAGACUGAAGGUGGCUAUCUGAUGAGGCUGACUAUCAAAACUAUAAAAGAGAGUGAUGCUGGUCUCUAUUACUGUCAUGCUCGAAAUGCCUUUGGCACCUUCACGCACACUACAAAGGUUCAGGUGAGCAAGCAUGCCAAGCUGGAGAUUGAUGUGUCAGAGUGCUGCAGAGUAAAUAACGUAAGUGACACCUGUCUGGACGCCUGCUCCUUUGAUCAACUCAACUUUGAGAGUGUGAUGAACCGUGACGAGUGCAUCCCGGACUUCAGCAAGCUCAUGAAGUGUGCAGCAGAUGGUUCUGACCACCGCAGCUGUUGCAGUCAGCGCCAGGUGCCAAAGAAGUGCCUAGACUGGUGCCGGGGGGAGCUCGUGCCACUCCAGCACCUAUGUGACCUGCAGUGGGCACCCAUCAUUUUCUCAUGCUUCAAUGAGGGUCAAGAGCUGCUGCCAGGUCCACCCCUGAAGGUGCAGGUCAGCAUAUAUGGUCCAACAGGUGCCAGAGUCACCUGGGACCCACCUGUCAAGAACCCUGAGGCUGUGCAGCUCUAUAGAGUGUUCUGGAGGCCCAUGGGACAGCGGGCAGCACUGAAGAACGACACAUCCAACACUGAGCUAGUCAUUGAGGGGCUCAAGUCUGAUGUAACCUACGAGAUUGCUGUUAAAGCUGGCAACCACAAGGGCACAUCAGUCCUUACCCCUACUGUCACCUUCACCCAUGGUGUUAGUUAUGUCAGCUCCACUGCUACACAAGGAGCUUCUGGUGUAGCAGUGGCAGUGGUGACGGUGAUAGUGGUGAUCCUGGUAUGUGUGCUGGUGGCACUGAGCAUCUUCUGGGCACGCAAGAGGAACCUGCUGGGUGCCAAGUCUUCAAGUAACGGUGGCAUCUCCUUCGAGAACCCUUCCUAUAUCAGGGAACGCAACGGAGAUACUGUCCAGAUCGCCGAGACUCCCAAUGGCAGCCUCAACGGGAACAUAACGGGGAUGAACGGUGGGAUGAACAACGGCGGGAUCUCACCCAUUGACGUGAACGGCGGAGUGUGGAACACCCAGAAUGUGUCAGCGUCAACCCCAGGGUUUGAAGACGAUCUGCCGAGUAACGGAGGCUACAUGCGCUUCACCAGCUAAUG